CAGUAAACUGGGGACCAAAAACAGAGAACCGGGUCCUGCUCUUCAUUCCGGCUCGCCAUGAAUACCGCAGUGUUUCUCUUUGGGUUAUCCUGCGUCCUCUUGAUCCCCGGAGCUGAGUCCGAUCAAAUUGCCUGUCCGAGGCAAGUGACGGGGACGCAGUACGGCAAGGUCUCUUUCCAAUGUUAUUACUCAGGCAAUCCACCGGCCAACAAAUACACCCGCAAGUUCUGCUGCCUGCAAGGCACGCGCCCCGGAAGAUGCAAGAACACGGUGGUUUCUGACAGCGGCUACACGGCCGACCGCUUCGCGAACCGCAUCGAAUUGCUGGACAUGAAGGAGAAAACCUUCUUUACUGUUACCAUCAAUGGAUUGGAAAAGGGCGAUGAAGGCACUUACAUAUGUGGCAUUGGGUUGGAUGACACCCGGAUCAAAAACGUCGUUACUCUGUCCGUUGUUGAAGAUUCCGUCAUCACAAAGGACGCCGAGCUGAUCUAUACCCAACUGGGGGGCACCGCGAUCAUCAAUUGUAAAUAUAAUGAGCCGGCCACCACACAGAGGAGAUACCUGUGCAAGGUCACCAAAAAUGGCUGCGUCAAUGUCAUCGACAGCACAGGGAGGACAGGCUCCAGUUACGACGGGAGAGUCACAGCUGACAGCCAGAAGGAGGGAAUGUUCAUCGUCAAAAUGGUGCAGGUGCGGAAUUCAGACGCCGCGCACUAUACCUGCAGUUCCGACAACCCUGAAGACUCCAUAGAUGCGCCUACUUAUGAUUUGAGAAUCAACGAAGAGACGGAUACUCCUCAGGGGUCCCGACGAUUGACCCCCAGGCUGGGAGGGUCCCUCUCCGCUGAGUGCAAUUACGACCCCAAAAAGAAUUACACGAAGAAGUUCUGGUGCAAACUGCAAGACGGAGUCUGCAAUCCGAUCAUAACAAAGGACGGGGACGUGAUGGACGCCUACGAAGGAAAAGUACUCAUCCAUGACAAUUCCACGAGCGGCUUGAUGCAGGUCCUCAUGGACAACAUCUCUAAAGAGGACGAAGGCUGGUACUGGUGUGUAAUGGCCAAUGAAAUGCAUGACCAAACGUCUGCCGUGCAGGUCAGGAUCUCAGAUGGGGACACACAAGGCAUGGCUUUGUAUCUUUCUGCAGAAAAUCUCCCAGGACUGUCCGGAAGCAGACUUGUCCGAGCGGUUGCCGGUGAUCCGGUUAAGCUCACCUGCUCCUAUCCCUGUCGGUUCAAAAGUACCAAGAAGUAUUGGUGCCUUUGGAGCAACCACGGGUGUAAACCUAUGAGCAACGUGGAAGAUACUCAAGAUACUCAGUUGCCCACCUGCAAGACCGAGGAGCUGGCGCUCAACAUCGAGUCCGUAUCCCAAAAGGACAGCGGGUUCUACUGGUGUGGUGUCAAACAUGACAUCAGAUAUGGGGAAAUUAUAGCCGUGCGCCUCAUAGUUGAAGAAGCACCAAGGGACAUAGUCAAUAUCAACGGACGGGCAAACUUUGGUGGAGGCUCAAAAAAUGUGGAAGCGGUUGACAGUGACACCCCUCCCAGCACCGACAGCAGCAAGAGCGGAACCGUCACUGCCGCCGUGGUCUCCGUGUGCGUCGCUGUAUUGGUGGUCUGUGCUGUGUUCUUAUUCCUCAGGUUCAGAAAAAGGAAGAAUACAGAUUUGGUCUCUGUUGGAAGUUACCGGACUAAUAUCAGCAUGUCUGACCUGGACAACCAUGUUGGAAAAGAGAACCCGGUGGCAAUCGACCUGCAGGAAACUGAUAUCGGCCGUUCCGGAGGUUCACCGAAGUCAAAGAAAAAGGGAUCCCGGGAGGACCUGGAUUAUUCCUGCUUCCUGAUCAAUCAUGUUGGGGUCCCAAAUGAGCAAGUAACCGAAUGAUGGGCUCCUCACCGAUUCCAUGUGUUAUUGGCCAUUCCUGCAUGCUAGAGAUCUGUGCACACUCCAAAAUGAUGAAAUGUAAAUAGCUCCAGGAAUCAAUGAUAUAUUCUGCUGCUAUAGCUUUAAUGUGGUACAGCCU